AUGAAAAAGACCACACGACCCAUAUUCCCCGUUCCUGCAUCUCCCCUGACUACAUCUCGUCUGCUCCUCCGGCCAAUCAAACAAUCAGAUCUGGCCGAUUUCCAUGUCCUCCGCACUCGGAUCGAAGUAAUGAAGUGGACCAGUACCGGAACAAUCGACGCGGACCCGGAAGCGACCCAAGUCUGGAUGCAUAGAUUUCUUCCACCGAAUGAUGCCACCACCUUCAACUUCGCUGUGGAAGAGUUGUCAGCUCCUGGAAAAGCCAUUGGUGUAGUGGGCUGCCAUAUUUCCGAGCCUCCUGAGUGUGGAUACAUGUUGAGAGAGGAAAUGUGGGGGAAAGGGUAUGCCACCGAGGCAUUACAACGAUGGCUUCAGGCUUGGUGGGAAUUGCCCAGGAAAGAAGUGGUCCUGAAAGACGAUUCGAGUUCAGAUAAGGUGGAUAGUGAUAUAGAGGUGCCGGAGGUGUUGAAGGCGGACAUUGACGCCCAGAAUGUUGCCAGUGCGCGAAUUUUGACGAAAUGCGGCUUCCGGCAGGUCUCCGAGGAGCUCAUAGAAGAGAAUGGGUCGAGCACUAAACUGGUCGUCUUUGAAUUAGACAGGCCGAGAUAG